GACCAGCAUAAAGUGACCGUAAGAGUGUCGGAAAAAGUGUACACCAACCGUGAAGUACAAAGUACAGUACAAGUAGGCCUACAAGGAAACUGAGUGAAGAUGAGAGUCAGCAACAGCAUCCAAUUUACACUAGUCGUGUGCCUCGCGACGUGGCAGCCCUGGAGCGGAGACGCCUUUCGCCACAGCGGCCCUUCGCCCUCGUCCGAAUUCAUCGUGCAGCCCUCCAACGUCACCGUGCCGGAGGGGGAGCGCGUCGUCCUCAAGUGCAUGACGUCCGAGCAAGCCCACGUGUGCCGCUGGUACUACCUGGAGCUCGGUCUCAACUUCUUCGACGAGCGCAUCACGCCGGUGCUGGUCAAGGACUUCAGCCCGGCGCACCAGAGGGACUGCUCCAUCAAAAUAAAGAAGGUGCGUAAAGUUCAGGAGGGUCAGUGGCUUUGCCAAGCUCUCAAGUUCCAUUCCUCGAAGUUCCUCAUGAGCAGGGCAGCUACACUUAGAGUUAUCACAGAGGAGGAGAGUGCCACCUGGUCCCCUCCCGCCACGGAGCCCAUCUCGCCGAGGCAUGGCCGACGAGAGCAUGAAAAGUCUGAGCCCGUGGAGUUUGAGGGCACUGACGAGGACCAGAUUCAGAACACUCCCGUGGGCGAACCGACCAUGCUCAAGUGCCAGGUGAACCAGCCGAUAUCGUUCUGCUCCUGGAUCAUGCCGCACGGAGCUGUUCUCUCUAAAUCCCAAGAGAACGACAAUCAAAACAGAUCCAAACACCUCACGGGCGAAUACCGAAUCGAGGGCGACUUCAGCGAGGGAAACUGCUCCCUGGCGCUGCAGGAGGUGAAGCCGCAUGACGAAGGCAACUGGCGGUGCGUGGUGCGCGUGAGGCCCUCAGGGGAGGACGUGAACGGCCCGCUCCUUCACCUGCACAUGACGGAGCACCACCUGCCCAGGCAAGGAGGAACAGCAUUGGUAGACCCAGAGGACGACUCUUUAAACUUGCUGGUUAUCAGCUUGGUGAUAAUCUGCAGUUUUCUGUCCAUCAUCGUCGUCCUGCUGUUCCUGUGCCUUUACCGCCGCGUCAAGACCCCGUCGGAGGAGACCCGGAAGAUCCUGCAGAUUUCGCCCCGAAGCAGCAUGGAGUUCCAGCACAAGACGCUGCCCGUCACGGAGCUCACGUCCGACUCCGUGAUGGCGGUGGAGCCCAGGAAGAAGCGGCCCCACAACUACGUGGACCUGCAGGACUACAGCCAGUACCUGGACAUGUCCAAGGGCUCGGCCUCGGACGGCGGCUACAUCAGGAUGUCCGGCUCCAGCCUGAGGUCGUCCACGUCCUCGCGCACCACGCUGUCCACCCUGUCCACCCUGCCCGUCGGCCGCAGCCGCUCGGCCAGCAACAGCACGACCCUGAGCGACGGCUCGCCGCACCUGGGCACCGUCGUGGACAACCCCUCCUACAACGCGGACGCCGCCCUCGUAGGCAGGGGCGUCGGCAUCCCGCGCCCCGCCUCCGUCUACAGCAACGACCACGUGUACGAGGAGAUAAAGGAGAAGAAGGACGAGUUGCCGGUGAUGGGCAAGAUCGAGGAGGCAUCGCCGGCGGUGACGCCCACCUACACCAACACCUCCGAGGACUACCAGGGUUACAUGAUCCCCAAGAAGUCGCCCUCGUCGGAGCCCCUGCCCUGCAUCCCGGUGAUGGUGCCCAAAGGAAAGCCGCCUCUGCCAGACCUGCCGGUGCUCCACAGCCACCUCCUGCCUCCCAGGGACGCAGCGGAUGAGGCCGCCCCGUCCUACUCACGGAUCGGCGAAGGCAGCUCGUUCCGCGGUGGCGUGGGCGCCCCGACGCCCUCCCCGCUGGGGCCCGGCUACUCCCGUGUUGGGACCGCGAUCCAGGACCCCAUGGAUGCGUACGACACGCCCCGCGCCAUCCCCACUGCCGUCCCCGCCGCCGACCCCCUGGAGGGCCGACACCCCCCGCAGGACGGGCUCCGAGGCCUCCCUGCAGCCGCUGCCUGUGAUAUCGGCCGAGGUGUGCGCCGAUGCGCUCGUGGGCACAAUCGUCUAACUGCCAACAUGAAAGACACUUUCUUCGCCUUCUCGACAGAAGUAUUUUUCGGAAAAGAAGAAAACAUAUUAGCAUUCUAGUCUCAUUCUGCAGGAUCUAAAAGUCAAUGUGCAUAAAAUAUAUAAGUACGGUAUAUCCAAAGUUCAAUUCCGACUGUUUCCAGUCACGGCAAAAAUUUUACUAAAGACAAUAUUUAACAGUAAGCAAAGCCAGGCAGCUGAGAUCAAACUCUCACCUCUCAAAUACAACCGGAUUCUACAGAAUUGAAAAUUGACGGUUACUCAGACCACACUUUCUCGUGGCUGAGAGGUUCCAAAGUCAGCAUACUUCGACUCUGAGCGGCUCGAGAAAAACGUCCAAGCGGUGUGACACGCGAGCAAAAAACGUCAGUGAACCGAGUGACUUGAAUGUCUGGAAUGGCUGUGCUCCUCUUAUCAAUGUGCGUUCGUGGCGCGGGUGG